CAAACAUGGACGCUCUCAACGUGUGUUUUUUACUUUGCCUGGCAGCCACAGUAGGCUGUGUGCCGACGUCUUAUUCCACGGAACCUGAGGACACUUUUGCAGAGAGCUACCUCAAAAAAUUCUACGACCUAAAGGAAGCGGAGGGCCCAACGGUCAGACGGGGGAUCAGUGAGCUCAAUCGGAAGCUGAGCGAGAUGCAGAGAUUCUUUGCUUUACAAAUCACAGGCACGCUGGAUGCGGACACCUUGGAGAUGAUGAAGAAGCCUCGCUGUGGCGUUCCUGACCAACAAACUGCUCAUUUCUCCACUUUUGGAAACAACCUCAAGUGGCAGAAAAAUAGUCUGACCUACAGGAUCGAGAACUACACACCAGACAUGUCCCAGUCAGAGGUGGAUGAUUCCAUAGUAAAAGCUCUGGAUGUUUGGGCCAAAGUGACUCCUCUUAGAUUCACUAGAAUCUACACUGGUACAGCAGACAUCAGGAUCUCCUUUGGUCGCCUGUCGCAUGGUGACUAUUACCCUUUUGACGGUCCCGACGGAACUCUCGCCCACGCCUUCGCUCCGGCUCCUGGCAUCGGGGGAGACGCUCACUUUGACGAUGACGAGACUUUUACAUUUCGCUCCAAUUCCGGAUAUGUGCUCUUCCUGGUGGCGGCCCAUGAGUUUGGUCACUCCCUGGGCUUGUCUCAUUCUCAAGACCCCGGUGCCCUCAUGUACCCCAUAUAUUCGUACACCAACCCCAAGAGCUUCCGCCUGCCGCGGGACGACAUCAAUGGCAUCCAAUCGCUUUACGGUGUGAAUACUGAUGUGGAUCCCGAUACGAACCCUGAUGAACCUCAACCCCCCAGCACUCCUGAUGCCUGCGACACCAGCAUGGUGCUGGAUGCUGUAGUCACCCUGCGGGGAGAGAUGCUCUUCUUCAAAGACAGGUUCUUAUGGCGAGUUCAUCCUCAGAGCAGAUCACCUCAGCAGAGUUUCAUCACAAACUUGUGGCCCAACGCCCCCAACAAAGUUGAGGCUGCUUACGAAAACAAAGAUUCAGGGAAUAUUUUCCUUUUUAAAGGUAAUCGAGUGUGGUCUUUCCGAGGCUACGACCUUGUUCAAGGUUAUCCGAGGACAUUAUCACAUUUUGGUUUGCCCAAAAGCGUGAAAAAUGUGGAUGCAGUUUUGUACGAUGAGGAAUCUGGGAAGUCUUUGUUCUUUGUUGGCAAAUCUUACUACAGAUACGAUGAGGCCAGGAAGACGAUGGACGAGGGAUUCCCCAAACCUGUUUAUGAGACUUUUUCUGGUCUAGCAGGGAAGGUGACGGCAGCUUUCCAGUACAAAGGUUUUACUUACAUCUACAGUGGAAGUCACAUGUUCGAGUAUAGCCUAAGCACGGGGACAUUUUUCCGAGUUCUGGGAAACAACUACUUCUUGCCUUGCUCUAACUUCUAAACUACUUCCUAAUGUGUAAUGUUUUCUUUGUUAAAUUACAAAUCACUGUUAUCGCUGUAUCCAUCCAACAUUAUUUAUGAAGCACCAGGAUUGUAUGUCACAAUGCAUUGAUGAACAUGUGCUGUGCCAAAUAAAAUAUU